UCGCUGUCGUCCUCGUUCGUUUAUGGCUCACCGCCUUCACUUCGGCGACUGUACUGUGUUUUGGCCGAGACCGUCGAAUAGUUGGACGAUGAGCCAAGUGACGUUUGGGGAUUUCCAGCGGCGCGAGCAGCCAAUCAGCGGCUGCGGCAACGCCGAAAGUGCGGCAAACCGCCUCUCUCGACUCGGGGCACUUUUCGUCACACCGUCAUCGCUGUGGCUCCCCUCACAUGGCUUUGGAGGCGUUCGUGGACACCUGAAGACUUUUUGACUCGCGCGGCGGAAGGCUAAAGUUUAAAAAAAAAAAAAAAUUUAAUAAAUAGAUUAAAACCACCUCUAGUGGCUGUUUGGAUGUGCUGUCCCGCUUCGAGACAUGGACGUUUUUCGCCGUACUCCCGAGAGAGAACUGUCUGACUUCGACCUCAUCCAGGAGAUCAUUACAGAGGACCACACAGGCGUGUCCCUCCCCAGGCCACCACCUGCGCCUGCUGAGCUCCGGGGCCAGAAUCACAGGAUGCACCAGCUUUGCUCCUCCUCCUCCUCCUGCUCGUCACCAUCUCAGCCGGUGCUGGUGGCGAGAGGCACCGCGUGUCAGUCAAGCUGCACCUUCAACCCGCCUCUGCAGCAGCUCUGCUCCCCCCGGGAAAUGGCUCAACACCUGCUCAUCCAUCCUCAAGCCGGCUCCUCCCGCUGUGGUCGAGGCCCCCCGUGCCCGCUGGCCGCCAAGCCCCCCAGUACCACCGCCGUCUCCUCUAAGGGCCGGUGCGGGGUAGAGAUGCUGGAGCGUAAUCUGGAGAAGCCCAAACUGGCGGUGGUGGAGCAGCCCAAAGAGCGAGGCAUGAGGUUUCGCUAUGAGUGCGAGGGCCGCUCGGCCGGCAGCAUCCUGGGCGAGUCAGGGAGCGAAAGCAACAAGACUCAGCCUGCCGUUGAGAUUCACGGUUCCAUCGAGCGCUUGAAGAAGGUGACCGUCACCGUUUCCCUUGUGACCAAAGACCCCCCACACCGGCCGCACCCCCACUGCCUGGUGGGAAAAGACUGCCCGAACGGAUCGGGUAUCUGCGUGGUGACGCUGAACCCUCACAGCAACCGACGCCACAGCUUUGCCAACCUGGGCAUCCAGUGUGUUCGGAGGAAAGAACUUGACGUCUCACUGCAGAAGAGAAGGAGCCAGAAUAUUGACCCCUUUCAAACUGGUCACUCGAAGGGCAUCGAGGACAUGGACAUGAACGCCGUGCGUCUGUGUUUCCAGUGUGAGCUCGAGUGGGACGACGGCACGACGGACAGUCUCAGUCCUGUGGUGUCCAACCCUAUCUAUGACAAGAAGGCGACCACGACAUCCCAGUUAAAAAUCAGCCAGCUGAACCAGUACACAGGAGCCUGCACUGGCAAGACGGAGAUCUACAUGUUGUGUGACAAAGUGCAGAAAGAUGACAUCGAGAUCAUCUUCCGGCGCGGCUCGUGGAAGGCAAACGGCGAGUUCGCCCAGACGGACGUCCACCGGCAGAUCGCCAUCGUGUUCAAAACGCCACCGUACCAGGACCAGGACAUCGCAGAAGAAGUGGACGUCAGUGUCACCCUGCGCCGGCUCUCCGACCAGAUGGAGAGCGAGCCGGUAACCUUUACGUACCUGCCGUAUAAUCCAGAUCCGUAUGAGGUGAAGCGGAAAAGAAAGAUGAAAUCAGACAUGAACUUCCAAGAGAAAGCCAACGUGACAGCCGAGUGCGCGGCGUCACCGGAACAGUCCUUCCGUUUCCCUCACGCCAUGAUGUCGCCGUGCUCGGGCCAGCCGGGGCCCGCCCCUUUGGGGGAGAUGUGCUAUGCCGAGCCGCUGGACGCAAACAUGGACAGUGAGGAUAUGGCCCUCAUCAGCCAGCUGCUGGAGCUGCCCGGCGUGAUGGACAUGUUCUCGGACCCCGCCGUCGUCUCGGCCAUGCCCGACGCCGGCCAGGCGCCCUUCGCCAACACGGACGCCAACCCCAACCAGAACUUCGGUCUGUACACGCAGGACUUCUCCCACUACGCCGACUUGCAGUUCAACAUGCUGGUCAACGAGAACCGGAACAUGCAGACUGAGCCGAAGGCCAGCCUGUCCAACGCGGUCCACGUGAAGAUCGAAGAUGACCUAUGAGGGCACGAAACCCCGGCAAAUAGUCUGGACCACAGUCAUCUGUUAAACACCAACGCCACACUUUCCAUUUCGUGUCAGGUAACAAUAAACAAUGAGGGGCGAGUGACCCGACAUACGAGAUUUUCAAGAUAUGAGCCGUCAUUCGGUCGAUUGUGUGCUUUGACUUGUGAGCGCACACUUGAGAUACUAGCGCGUAUGGUGGCAGUUAACUCAACUGAACUCACUUCUCAACAAGCAGCAGUUCGGCAGAUAGAAAACAAUUCUUCUGUUUAUUGCCACUGCCAAACUAAACAUAAAACAAUAAGAAUUACACAUAGUGUCUCUAAAACAACAUUGCUCUCCCUUUGGAGAGUCAGCUUAGUUUAAUGCUAACAAUGCAGAACACCAUUGGCGUGCUAAUGGUCAGCAUCGACAGUUGCGGUUUUAGAAGCAAAUUCAAUUUGAACACAAAUGGUGGAGCAACACGUUUAGACAGAUAUAACAAUACUCGGAGCCAUAAUAUUCUUUAUCCUCCACUAUGAAAAAUGACCAAUAUUACAGCAUAUUACUGAUUCACUUACAGUAGUAGUAGUAGUAGUAGUAGAAGAAGUCUGUUCUUUGUUUGUGUCUGCAUGACUGUACUGUAUUACAUUGCCUCCCGGUGUCCAAGGCGGCUACACCAGGAGGAACAGCACAAUGAAUUGGAUUGCAGCAUAAAAUCAUGAUGCACGAAUUGUUUAAUUCUUUGCAUUCUAUUUAAUUAUUACUGUAUCUUUUUAGAAAUUACAAUAUUAUAAAGUGCUAUUUUUCCUCAUCGAGAAACAAACAUAUUUUUGGGGUGGAGGCUGGGACGGGUUAAUGGCAUUUUUACAGUAUUCGUUUCAGUGGGAAAAGGUGACUUGAGAUAAGAGUGUGUGGCAUUACGAGUGUGCUCACAGAAUAAAUUAAACUCAUAUCUCAAGGCACCGCUGUAUAACAUUAAGUAAAUGAAUUAGUAAUCGGUUAGUAAAGACUUGUUUAUGCUAGGUCACGCAUACAUUUAAAAAUUAAAAGCCUCAUUCCAACAUUGUCCAAAUUUUUGAAAAGGCAUUUUUUUUUCCCCCCCCCCAACAUUUUGAAUAUUCUCAUUCAUCCAGGUCAUAUCAAUCUCAGGGCAUUGAAUCCGGUUCCGGUUGUCUUGGAAGACGUUUCACCUCUCAUCCGAGCAGACUUCAUCAGUUCUUGCAACAAGGCUUAGUUAGGAUGUACUAGCCAGUGUUUGUGUGGAAACCUCAACUAUUUGUGCUCCAAUUUACAGCCAUGCUCCACACCACUUAUGGAAUAAUUCUUUUGGAAUGCAAAAACGGGGGAGAGUUUUAAAGCCGCCUGGCCGAGAGGCCGUUGUCAGUCCACCAGAGUCGUUGGAUGAAAACUCCCUCAUUGUUAUUCCAUUCAGUUGUAAAGUGGUUGUGAGCUAUCUUAACGGUCAAGGAGGCCUUACUGUUCGUUGGAGGCAGAAUUAUUGAGUUUAUUUAGAAUAGACGAAAGACCGGCAUUGGAAAGACUUCUUUAUACUCGCGCGGGCGGCGACCGCGCUGACGUCACUGCGGCAAGGGGCACGCUGAGUAUGUCAUCACAGCAUGUGACUAAAACGGACCAAUCACGAGAGAUGAUCUCCGCGGCAUUUUUGCCAUGCGCGCGCCAAUGCGUCGGUCACGUGAUGCAAUGCGGCCGUGAGUCUUGAACUGAGGAGUUUGCAGGUCUGUUGUGUGCCAUGCGUCUGCUCAGUGGUUGCUUGGUUGGUUUCCCCAAUGUAUAAAACCAAUGUAUUCCUCCCUACACUUGACCGCGUAAACCAGAUUGCUUUUCUGCGUGUGUGGUGUCUGGUCUUUGGGGUGUACCAGCCUUUGUCUCAGGGUGUUAUCAGGCUUAAGUGUACUGGAAUGUUGUGUUGGUUGCAAAUCCUUCUGAGUUUCUCAGACAGAUCUGAUACAUCUGGAAUGACAAUAUUGUUCAUACAUUCGCUGUUUUGAACUCAAAAUAGGCCAUUUUACGUGAAUCGUAUAGAUCCGAUGAGUUUUUCCUGGGGAGGUCGCUGUCCUCAUAGGCUGUUUCGUACUCCUUGAAUGCUGGCAGCUAGCGGUAACCGUUCUUUUACUCCGUUACAAUGACCUACAUUUCGCUUGCUGCUUUUAUUAAUCAAUUAUUGCUUAUUUAUCAACUAUUUCGUCCGCAAGACUACAACUUCGACUUCCGCAUUGGACGCUGUUUGCGCCAUCUAAUUUAAGCGCUAGUGACGUUUAAGUCCAGUUCAUCAAUCAAACGACAAAAGAAAGUCACAUGACCUCACACAACGUCUUCUAUUGGGCUUCCCUGGCAUGGGUAUUAACACUAGAUAAGGCUGAUCGUCGUGCCUAAAUCCCCACCAUUUUGGGAAGGUCGUCGUUGCCAUGAAGGCAACGGCGCGCUCCUCUUGUUUACAUUUAGACGAACAAAAACAACAGCUUGCAUGUAUUGUAGUAUUUGUCUGGCACUGUCUGCCCAAACGUGGAUAUUUCAGCUCACUUAUAACUUGAGAAAACACAGUGCAGUAAAUUGCAAAUGUUUUUAUUUUACAUACAUAUUUUUUUGUUAUUGUUUGUGCUAUUUACUCAGUACUUGAGUAAUUAUUUCACUGCGUACGUUUUACUCCCAUUCAAGUAUUUUUUUGGAGGACUACUUUUUCCUUUUAUUUGAGUGACACUAUUGUCAAGUCACAGUACUCUUACUUGAGUACAAUAUUUGGCUACUCUACGCACCUCUGGAGCAGACAUUCUCUAUUGCUACUCUUACGUUUAAGCAAAAUUUUUGCUCAUCAGAUCAGCCAGUGUCGCAUUUGUUGCACUGGUUUUUUGUAUUUUCGAGUUGAGGUGCUGCGGGUCGUGGCCCUGGUCGCGGUCCCAGCGGAACCGUGAAGCACACGUAACAUCGGCGACAGGAGUUGAUCCGCUAGUACAUUUUGUAUUAAUUUGGAAACGCGCCUACAAUCUUUUCUAAUUAGUUUACGGAUGUUAAUGUUAAAUGUAUUAAGCGACAGAGCAAUGUUAGGGAUUAUGUCACAACACAGAAUGAACUAUUCAAUUCAGAAAUGGCCAAUACAAGCAAAAAAAUAUUGGACUUAAUAUUUUCCUGGAGGAUGCAUUUGGGAUUAGCCUUUGAAGUUGGUAAUAGUGAAAAAUGAGGUGAAACAAACAAUGAUUUUAGUCAAUUAUUUUCCAGAAUGAGAGUGCUUAAAGAGGGGGAUGCUAUUCGUGUGGCACAGCUUGAAGCAGGCAUCAGGUGCAGGUGGAGAUGGUCCUGACUCAAAUUGGAGGCCAAAACAAAAAAAGCAAAGAAAUGAGGCAAAUUAAAUUUGAAUCUUAAAUUUGUACAUCAACAUGUAGAAAAUGUUUAGAUUUUGUCUUAUUGUACUCUUCAGAGUCUUCCAGAUUUCUUAAUUUAAGUUAAAAUCAAAAAGAUUAUCUGCGGGGGCCCGAGGGAUCCCCCCCAGACCCCCCUUGCGAUGUUGUUUUUUUGUCACCUUUUUCAUGCCUUUGGUGUUUGCAUGUCUGAUUGUUGUGUCCGUCACUCUUUUCUUUCUCAUCCACCUUGCUCCUGUCCCUUCUGCAAUUGGAUGUACUUUUCACAAAUGACCAGCCAGCGUAACCACAGCCUCUCGGCCAGGCGGCUUAAUGGCUCUCCCCCUUUUUUGCAUUCCAAAAUAAUGACUCCAUACGUGGUGAGGGCAUGCCAAUAAGUUGGAGCAUUAAUAGUUGAGUUUUCCACACAAACACUGGCUAGUGCGUCCUGACUAAGCCUUGUUGCAUGAACUGAUGAUGCCUGCUCGGAAGAGAGGCGAAACGUCUUCUAAGGCAAACGGAACAGUGCAGUUGCGAUCGAUUCAACUAUACCGGAUUGGAGUCAAAAGUCACUGGUAGUUCCGUCAGAUUGGUGAUUGUUAUGUAACAGCGCUGUGGCGUCGCUGACCUUAUUUAAGGUUUCAGCACCCCUAAAACCUACUCAAGAUAUGUUCGCCUAACAUUCUGCACCAUUAAUGCAUUAGUUUAGUUUCGAGCUUAAACUACUUUAUAAUGAAUCCAGCUAAUUGUUACAUUCACACUUUUUUUUUUAUUUUUUUAUUAAGUAACAAUCUAGAACAUAAAGUAGUAAUCAAAUGAAGGGUACUUGUUUAUAGUCGUCUAAGAUUCCAAGGCUCAUUCCCAGACCCUGGUUCAUGUAGCUGACCUGCUUAUUGAUCCAAGAAAGAGUCUGUACCAUAGUCACACCAGAAACCAGUUACCCUUCACAUUUUCCAAUUUUUAUGAAGUAAUAAUAUAGAAAAGGACUUAUUUACAUGAAGCCAAACUAGCAUUUUCUCCAGAAUGAAGCCCUUUCCCCGGAUCCUGGUCUGAUCCAGGAAAUAGCCUGUACCGCAGUCACACCACACUCAGCUUCAUUCACACUUUCCAUUUCGUAUCAGGUAACAAUUGACUGCAAAACAUGUUACAUUAAGUAGUAUUCAGUUAGUGAGGACUUUUUUAUGCUAGGCCAUGCGUUCAGUUUUCCCUAAAUAAAAGCCUCGGUCCCAAAUCCCAUCACUGAAAAUGCAUUUUCCUCAGCAUUUUGCACCAUUUAAAGCAUUUAUUUCCUAUCUUAAGAUGCCUUCUACUGAAUCCAGGAAGGAGACAACAAUCAGCUAAUUGUUACAUUCACAUUUCUCAUUUUGUAUGAAGUAACAAUAUUGAACAAUAUUAAAUAGUACUCAAAGGAAGGGGACUUGUUUUUGUACUAAAGUCUAAUUCUGUGAUUUAGCCAAAUCUAAAUGAAAAGUCCUUUUCCCCCCAAAAGUUGAUUCUAUAGCGUAUGAUGCAUUGAUUUAGUACAUAUAACUUAAACCGCCCGCUAAUUCAUCCUGAAGGCCUUGCUGGUCAUGGCUUUAAUGAAACGGAGCCGGUCAGCAUUGCCAAAUAUUUGUCUGUGUAUAUCAUGUAUAGUGCUCAUUUUAUUGAUGUUUGUUCAGUCCAUAAAUUUGUCAUAUGCCCAAUUUGUACAUAUGCCUGAAAGAUUCGGAACUGUGGUGUCAUCAUUAUUGAUUAAUGGGAGAUUUUGAAUUCCACUCUUGAAAUGAACUGUAGUGUUAGUGCACAAAAGCAAACGUGUCAAACAUUCCAAUGUAAACACUGUGACGAUGGGAACAAUAAAACUUGCCAAAAUAUGUCCCAAGGAA